AUGAUGCACCCAUCGCGGCAGGCGUACGUCGAGGAUGCCGAGCCUCAAGGAAUCGCACUGGAAGAUGUCCCCGAUGACCAUGACUACGAUAUUCCAAUGGGCGGAACAGGUGUUCCAUCUGAAAAGGCUUCAGCAAUCCUCAGCCAAUUCAAUCGCAAGCGCCUAGCAGCAACGAUAGCAGUCCCUACCGAUGAUACUCGAGUCCGCGCAAAGCUUCGGGAGAUGGGAGAACCAGUCACUCUAUUCGGAGAGGCACUUGUUGAUCGUCGGGAUCGAUUACGGGAGCUUCUUACCAUCCAGGCAGAGAUGACAGGCUUGGAAAAUGGUGAUAUUACGAUGGAGGACGCUGGAGACCAGGAUCAAGAGGAGGAGCAGGAGGAGGAGUUCUACUCAAGAGGUGGGCCUGAACUUCUACAGGCGCGGCUAAAGCUUGCUGAAUACUCUCUGCCGCGAGCCAAGAAGAGGGUCGAAUUUCAGAAAGCCGAAUCUACGAUUCCUCUACGCACCCAAGUCAAGUUUCGUAAACAAGUCAAGGAGAGAUUACAAGCAUUCGAACUCCAGGGCAGUCAGACGGUUGGCGAACGUCAUGUCAGCAUGACUCGCAUAUCUCCCAACGGCGAGUUGGUCGCUGUAGGCAACUGGGGUGGGCAAGUCAAGCUGGUCGAAAUACCAAGCUUGAACCAAAAGACAACCUUCCGCGGCCACACCAACAAGAUUAGCGGCUUGUCUUGGUUUCCCGGAUCUACCCUGCCAGAACACAACGUUUCGCCCGACGCCGUCAACCUUGCCUCAGGCGGUGCCGAGGGCUCGAUUCAUUUAUGGUCUCUGAACCAAGAUACUCCCCUGUCCACACUCGAAGGACAUUCACAGCGAGUAUGUCGUAUCGAGUUCCAUCCCUCUGGACGUUAUCUGGCCUCUGCUUCUGAGGAUACUUCGUGGCGUCUCUGGGAUGUCGAAACAACCGCAGAGGUUCUUCUUCAAGAAGGUCACUCAAGAGGUGUCUACGCUGUUAGUUUCAACACUGACGGAUCCUUACUCGCAAGUGCUGGUCUGGACAGCAUCGGUAGAAUCUGGGACUUACGUUCCGGACGUACCGUCAUGAUCCUGGAUGGACAUCUUGACGGACACAUAAAACCCAUCCAUGCGCUGGACUGGAGCUCUGAUGGACACAGGGUACUGUCUGGCUCAGCUGAUGGCUGGAUCAAGUGUUGGGAUGUUCGAAAGGUGCAAAGGACAGGCGGUAUCGGUGCGCACACCAGUGCCGUCUCUGAUAUGCGUUGGUUCAAAGGUCUCGACGACCCCCUCACUGGUGUUCCACCUGGUGUUGAUGAUAAGGGUGCACAGCUACCUAAAAAGUCGGGCACCUUCUUCAUAUCAAGCGGUUUUGAUAGAAAUGUCAAGAUCUUCUCGGCAGACGACUGGACACUGGUGCAAACGCUCAGCGGCCAUACAGGCCCAGUUGCCAGCGUCGACUAUAGCAGGGACGGCAAGUGGAUUGUCAGUGGAGGCCAUGAUCGCACAGUCAAACUAUGGGGUCGCAAUGAUGGCGAGGGAGUCUAA